UUCGAACAUGACAGCACCUACAUUUGCGUCACGAGCGUUAUAUGAGCGAUUUCUCACACGAUUGCUAAGCUUUUUUCACCAACCACAAUCAGUUUAUUAGUUACUUCACCCACGUCACAGAUAAAAGGCCAAGGAAAUGUCAUUGUAUUUGUAUUUAGUAGAGACUGGCUUGUAGCAGUGUCACCGCUGAAAUAUCAGCAAACCUUACUCUUGAUUGUGCCAUAUCGAUUCGAAACCUGGGUAGUCGGUUGACACAUAAUCAUACACACGCAGGAGAGAGGCAGCUUGCAAUGAAGUGUCGCGGAUACAUCUUGUUUACAUCGCUUGUGACUGUUCUAUCGUUUGGCCAUAUAUUAAGUUUGUUGGCGACGCCAGCAGGUGAGAUGAAUAUUUGAUUCUAUUUAAUCGAUCAGAUUGAUCUAGUGGAUUAUUUACAAAUCAACGAUGAUUGUUGUAAGCGGCUGUCUCUAGCCGCGCUUUCUUGACGAUUGUCUGUGGUACGUUUGACUGAGCACCACGCGGUUAUUUCUUAUUUCGUUGAUAAACUGAACAUGUCGCUGGUAUUACUACACGGUGUAGUUUGAAAAGUAAAAUGGUCUCGAAACAAUAAAGUCACUAAGUGGCGCUGUACAUCGCUUUAAUAGUUAAAGACAACGCCAUUUGUGUUCUCCACACUCUGUCUGUCUGCUACCAUUUUCUCUCGGGCUGUUUGUAGCUUUUUUGGUAACUCUUUGUUUGAGCGAUGAAACCUCAAACCCAUAAGUGUUUUGCCCAGUGAUGUUUGGUAAUACGGGAUCUAACAAUAACAGAGGAUUUUCAAGACCGUUGGAUAAAUUAUAGUCCGUUUCCUCGAGGGAAGUCUUAAAAUUAGUUCUGGUGAGAUUACGUGAAGAUAAAUUAUCUGCGGUCUUUUUUUCUCGAGGAAAAACUUGAUAGGGGGUACUUGUCUCACUUUUUUCCAAGACAAUUUUUCCUUUUUCUCAGUCCUCUCAUGAACGAAAAUGUUCCCUACCAAAGGGAGAGCAGAAUCGCAAAUUUUCAUUUUCUUUGUGAGCUCAACUUGCAUAAAUUUUGGUCGAUCAAGCGUGGAGUGAACAUUAUUAGGAUAAUUAGCGGCGUCUGUAAAAUACUACACGCGCUGCAUCAAAAAGACGUCAUCCUCAUGGGAAUGCUCGCCCAAACUUGUUUGGUCUCCAUCGUUAACUUUCUUUGCUUCCCCUUCAUCUCUUCUCAGGAUUUCGCUGGUGUUGUAUUUCAGAAGCUGAAGUUUCUAAAUGUUUACACUUAGCGAAUGUGACAUCACAUCAGAUCGCCCGGUUCGCAAGGGUGACAUGUAUCCAUGGAAGCAACGUGACAAAUUGUAUUGACAUGGUUGGCUCUAGAAAUGCCGAUUUCAUCACCCUAGGAGAGAAGAAUAUUUAUCAGGCUGGUAGGUUAUUGUAACAUUUACAAGGCUGUGUAGACUAUGGCGAUGAACUAUGGGGGUCUCAAUGAAUAUCUUAAAAAAGCGAGCGCGUAAGUUUAUGGAGGGGGCAAUGGACUUCGGGGCAAAAUAGCUUUCCCCUCCCCACUCUUUUUUUUUUUUUCUUCUAGUUUUUUUUUUUCUUUUUUUUUUUUUUUUUUUUUUUUUUUGCACUCCUACCAAAUUUUGCUCGACCACUUUUCCGAUUUUUUUCCGCACCGACCGAUAACAUGGAACUGGCUUUACCUCUCAAUGUAAUCUAUUUUUUUAAACCCUCCUACUCCUAAGAUCUGAAAGCUAAUUUCCCUCACGUAUAAUCACACAUUUAUUUAUGUUAAGCCCUAAGAGUUUUGAGCUUAAUGCAAACAGCAAACAUCAUCUGCGAUUAACAAUCACCAUAAUUCUCAUCGUUCGUCUGUUUGAUAUCAGUUAAAAAUUGUUAGGAGAAUUUAUGUAUCGAUGACUUCACAGUGUGAAAGGGCUAGGCUCAAGCCCACUCAAAUACAGUAACCACGAAAACAAAUAAAGAAAGUUUUGAAAUGGAGUCUAUCUUAAAAUUGCAUCAAUGCAAAAUUUGUCGUUUGCAUUAAGUGUUAAUCCGAAGUCCAUUAUUAAACAAACAUAUUCCUUUCUCAUCUUUUUUUAUUAUUCACUGUUCUUGGCUACCCUUAGUCUUCGACGCAGCCGUUGUCUGGUCUCAUCGUGUAACGCGUUCUCCGUUUCGUGACGAGGCGAAGGAGACUAUGCUACCGUAGCAAAUCAUUAACUAAAGGUCUCCGUCGGUGACAAUGUUAGACGACCUAAAAAGCACUCAAAAUACCGCCACCUACCUCCUUUAUUACUAAAUGCUUGGCAAGCGAUCGAUCCAGGUCAAUUCCCAUUUAACUAGGUUCUAAACAUGGUCUUGUACCAGUGGUAGCAGAGGACUACGGCAAACACGAAGAAGGUCUGGAAAGCUAUUCUGUUGCCCUUAUUCAAAGCAAUCUGUCGGAUGGUGCAACAAUAAAUUCGCUAAAGGACAGGAAAUCUUGCCACCCAGCGGCGGGGGACGCGGUCGGGUGGACAGCACCUGUUGGACUACUGAUUGGAAGAGGAGUGAUUCAGUGGGAUGGUUGUAAUCCUUACCAGUCCUCUGGGGAGUAUUUUGAUCAAAGUUGCGUGCCAGGUUUGUGGUUUAUUCGAGUUGUGAAGACAUAAGUUCUUGUUCCACUUGUAAGUGAAAUGUGUUUUCUUUUCGAGGAUCUAGUAAAUUCUUUAUGUAUUGAAAAAAAAUUAACUUAGAGAUAAACUCAUAUUGAUUAUAUAUAGAUCUAUACUGUUACUGAUUUAAUUUGAUGGCAAAGAAUCAAAAAACAAAACUAUUGUUGUAUCAUUGAAAAACAUCUCAGGCUUAGGGCCUAGUUUGUAAAGAUGAAUACAAUGUUUACUCCUUGCUUGAUCGAUAACAAUCUAUGCAUGUUGAGCUCGCAAAGAAAAAUAAAUACUGUACCGGAUCUAAUCCCGGGAUUUUAGUAUCACGGGCUGACAUGUAGUGCACUAGGAAAACAUUGAGAGCGCACCACAGCGCUUAUAAGUAACACUAAGGUAGGGAUCCAUCACCGUUCGAGAUUAAAUCUUCUGUGUUCAUCUUCAGGAGCUCUCUCGACUGAAUACAACCCACAAAACAGCAAUCCCAUGAGUCUGUGUGCAAUUUGCACCAAUCAGAAGACUUGUCCACGAAAUGUUUCCGAAAGGUACUUUGGUUAUCAUGGGGCAUACCGCUGCCUGACAGAAGGCCCUGGGGAUGUAGCUUUUGUCAGCCAUCUUACAGUAUUCGAACUCACUGGAGUGGAAAAUGAUUUUAAUCCAGGGAGAGAUUUUAAAUUGCUUUGCCUAGACGGAACUCGAACAGGUAAGGCGAAAAAAGGUGUUUAUCGGAAUUAUAGAUAUGAACGGCCAAAUUAAUUAUUUUUAAAAGGGAGUUUAAGUGGUUCCGUAAUUGACUCUUGAUUUCGAUUUAAGAAGUUCGGGUUCGAACCGCCACCAAGAUCACUGACAGGGCUACUUUCUUCACCUCCCUCCGUUUCCAAGCUUUUAAGUUUGGAAAUGGAGCGAUUUAAAAAUGGAACCCAGAAAACUGCCAAGGAGAUCUGUGGGCUCACCCUGUCAUUCGUUAGCAUCCCUUUCCGAAUAAGUAGCAAAAGAUCAAAUAAUUUUCCGGUGGCGGAAAUCGUAAUAGGUUCUGAUGGCAUGAACCGUAUGCACGGCUCGUGUGCAGACUUUCUUUUUUAUGCCUUUUAUGCCUUUAUGCCUUUAAUGCCUUUUACGCCAUUGCCCACCCAACAGUUAAUUCGCCGUAGUAAAGCGAUUUAAAAUAAGCAGGUCUCCUUUAGACUCCAUGUCUUUCUACAUUUUAACAACAGAUGUUGGAGCCUUUCAACAAUGUAACCUGGCCAGGAUUCCUUCUCGGGUCGUCAUGACAAGGCCCGGGAGUAUGGUAAAGAGUUUAAAACAGUGGCUUCUUCGCUUGGAUGAAUAUUGUCGGACAAACCCCCACUUUUCCAAAUGUUUAAUUCUUCCACGUAUGGUGGUAAAGACUUAUUAUUUGCAGACUCCACGGUCAAGCUCAUAGAUGUGAAAGAAAAGAACACAACCCAGGCUUGGCUUGGUGAGAAGUACUAUUUUGCGCUUCAGUCACUCAGCUCCUGCCCAGAGGUACUUGCGGUGUCUAGAUCACUUACGGUCAGACUCGAACCAAGAGGGACUGGGAAGUUUAUAUCAAUUGAGUUCAUCAUUGUAGUCCUUACUCUUUAUUGCUGCCUGACAUAGGACCAAACGGAAAUGCUAACACUCGGUGGCAUGGUUUAAAGGGGUCCUAGUGUAAAUAUCGACAGCGGAAUCUAGUCACAGCUGGUGUUGACGUGUAAGUGCAUCUCUAAGCUCUGGCAAAAGAUGGUUCAUCCAGCAUACCGUAUAUUAAACGGGAUCGGUCAAUUAUUAGAUCAACCUUACUGUCGGAGACAUUUUUCUCGCACUUGUAACAGAGAAUCGUUCGGCUCUAUAAACGCCGACUAACUCCUUUAAUUUUACAGUUCUUUGAAUUAAAUCGGUUUUGAAUAAUCUAUGUUUGUUCAAAAACGCACAGAUGAAUCGGGGCACUGAACAAAAUUGAGGAGGGGAGAAGCAAUCCUGAUUAUCUUCAGAUUACACUGAAAUACUUCCUAGUAACAAGAUGUCUUCUGAGAUUAAACGUAAUUAACUACAAGCUGGUUAAAAUAACGGAAAAUACAACUGAAGGAAAAGUGGAAAAACAAGAAUGAAAGGUAUAACAAAGAAUGAAUGAGUAAAUAUGUAAAUGAACAAACGAGCAAACGACGGAAUGAAUGAGUGAAAGAGUUGACGAACUAACGAAAGAUUUCAUGAGCAAAUGAAUGUACGACUUAACUAUUCAAUUACACCAAAAGCCUACAUCAGAGAACAAUUAAAAAAUUGUAAUGGCUUACAACAUUAGCUUACUACUGAAUAAAGAAUACACCGAGU